UCAGUUACUACCGCACGAUUCCUAAUCAGGUCAAUAUACAUGUACCAAGAAAACUACAGGAUAAAUGAAUAAUUGAUAUUUUUAGUCCAGCCGAUGUGGAAAUAAAACUGUUUAAUAUCAUGAUAUUGAUGUGGAUCAAAAUAAGGACCAAAACAAUUUAAGAGUCAGAGUGUCUGUAUAAUGUACCUAUGAGUGCAGAGUGCUCCCCCUUAUCCAUCGAUUAAAUGGUUGAUUCGAUGUACCUAUAUACAGAUACAGAUGUGUGACGUGGAUAAUUAGUGACAAGUUGAACUUACUUACUGAAGUGACAAAAAAAUCAAAAAAAUCAUGACAUGAUGCAUCCGAUACUCACAAACAAACACUUUUAAAUUGAGACAAUAAUCUUCCAAUUCAAUGUGAAGGAUGCACUGUAAAAACUUGACCAAAGGGCUGUAUACACUGGGAGGAUGUGGUCACAUGUUUUGCAGAAAUUGUUGUGAUGAAUUUCUUGGUAAAGAUUGCCCUGUUUGUUCUAUUCCUACCCAUGUUCGUGAUGCUACUGUUAACAGACCCAUGUCAAAUGUUGUUGGACUAUGUCAAGAAUUGGAAAGAAUACUUUUAUGCCAAAGCCAAUCAAAAAAGAUACCAACGCAAAAUACAGUCAUUGAAUCAGAUAAAACUGAUCGAGAAACUUUACAAGAUAUUUUAGAAUGUACACCAUCAUCAAAAUCAUUGUUCACCGAUAAUGAACCAUCAUCCUUUACUAAGAUAAAUGGUAAAAAGAAUACACCUCAACCCUCCCCUGGAACUCAGCAGUCUUCACGAAAGACAAAAAAUUCCAAGAACACAGAUAGUUCCUUUGAUCAGUUGUUUAGUAAAUCAGACACAACAUCUGGAACAGCUGAAGAUCAGAAAAAGAAAAGACCGGUCUCCAAUAAUACAAAGCUGACCAAGAGAGGAAGAUAUGACGAUCCAGUGUUACAGACAACAAUGACUCAGUUUUUUGAUUGUGAUGAUGAUGAUGAUGUGAUCAUGGAGGAUGAAGAUAUUAGUAAUACUAUUAAUAAUAGUAUCUUGGUGACUGACAAGACCACUAGUUGUUCAGCAGUCAAAAAGAAAAACUUACGUCGAUCAAGAAAAUCUGAUAAUCCCAGUAUUUCUUCCCUUCAAACACCUGACCAUAAAAUGACAACUAGCUCUUCGUCUGCCAUUAGUGCAAAAAGUUCUAAAGAGAGAAUGUCAGGCAGGUCAAAGUCUUCGAAAACACCACAACUGCAGGAAAAGGAAUCACUAAAAUUGUGCACACCUGGAGAAACACCAAAACGAAUACCUAAAGUAACACCAAAGCGAGUACCUAAAGAAACACCAAAGCGAAUACCAAAAGUAACACCCAAGCAGACACCAAAAUCUGCAUCUAGUGGCACCCCAAUAUCACAAUCAAGUAGAACUCCCAGAUCGCGAUCAAGUGCAAAUUCAGCAACGAAAACUCAGAUGAAAAGAAAUGCUAGAGGAGAAACUCCUCUUCAUGUGGCUGCUAUCAAGGGAGAUUAUAAGAAAGUAGAAGAACUGUUGAAGAAUGGUACCAAUGUUAAUGUUAGAGAGAAUGCUGGAUGGACACCAUUGCAUGAAGCAGUGAAUCAUGGGCAUGUAGACAUAGCCAAAUUACUGAUAAAUCACGGAGCCAUGAUAAAUAUACCUGGUCAUGAUAACGAUACACCAUUACAUGAUGCUAUCAAUAACAAUAGACUGGACUGUGUGAGACUACUAGUAUCUAAGGGAGCUUCAUUGUCUUUAAGGAAUAUUCAUGGAUUAACACCAAAAGAUAUAGCUGUAACAGAUCAACUGAAGACUGCUUUAGAAACACCUUUAGAUUCACAAGUCAUUCAUAACAGUGCUGAACAGAUGGAUGAGAAUGAUGAAUUUAGUUUACUGUGUUUCUUGGGAACAGCUUUAUCAAGAGAUGAAAAAAUACAGAUUCAGAAAUGUGCUUCUGUUUUACAAGCACGGGUUGUUGAGGAGUUUUGUCCUGAAGUUACACAUGUUAUAACAUCAUGUAAUAAAGAUGGUUUGUGUCCUAGAACAAUCAAAUAUUUACAUGCGAUCCUGGCUGGUACAUGGGUCGUUAACAUGGCUUGGGUAUCAACAUGUAUAGAGUAUGGCUCCAGAGUAUCAGAAGAAGCUUUUGAGAUACCUGGCACCUCCACUAAUGCUGAUUCACGUGCUGCUUACAAAGGUCGCUUAAACAGAAAGCAGCAGCUUCCUGGGUUAUUUGAUGGCUGUCAGUUCUAUUUUCAUGGUAUAUUUGAAUAUCCAACACCAGAGAAAGAACAGUUAAUGGAACUGGUAAAAGCUGGUGGAGGAAAAGUUCUCAGUCGAGAACCAAAGCUUCAAAAUCUGGAUGAAUAUCCAGCCACCGUACCGUAUCAUGCAGCAAGGAACACCCGAUUUACAGAUUGUGCUAUAUUUAUUGUACAUGAUACAAACUUGGCUUACCCUCCUAUAAACGCCACUCGCAUGUGUGCUGUACCAGCUUCAUGGAUUCUUGAAUCCAUAGGUUCUUUUGCCUUUCAGAAUAUUGAUUAAUCAAUUAAUACAUUUAAAUAAUUAUA